AUGAACGUGUCACGUAUUCGGGCCAUGAAGCUGACCGUGCAGGCUAUUGCACUUGGUGAGCUUUCUAAGCCAGAGCGGUUUAGCAUCAUUGCGUCAUCGUGGGCAGAUGCGGCGAUGCUGCAUCCGAAGUGGUCCAUGGAUGUUGAAGAAUUGGUCGUCGAGAUUGCGAUGGUCAGAUUGGCUGUAGGAAUGGCAAAACACAUUCGUCGACGUGUCCAUGUACAGAUUAAUCCCUAUCACUCGUACUCGUCAGAGAAGAUUGUCCUAAAUGCACUCCGAAUCGUGCAAUUGUUCCAGCAUGUCCAGCCCGGCUUCGACGCUACUCGCAUUUGCAUCAAGAUUCCUAGUACUUGGGAGGGAAUGAUGGCCUGUCGCACCCUUGAAUUAGCUGGUGUGCAUACCUUAGCGACCACUCUGUUUAGCAUGACUCAAGCUGUUCUCGCAGCCGAGGUCAACUGCUCUUAUAUCGCACCCUAUGUGAACGAAUUGAAGGCACAUGUGCAAGCAGGAUUCGUGGACAACGCAAAAUUGCUCCCUCUUUGUGCUGCUAUUCAGAAUUACUACAAGUCCAUCAAUUCGCGCACCCAAGUCCUCCCUGCUAGUCUGACGUCUGUUGAGGAGAUCUUCUUGCUCGCUGGGGUAGAUCACCUCACCAUCUCGCCAGGCCUGUUGACAGAAUUGACUCAGCCUUUUGCAGGAAAUGUCAAGUCGCUAUUUGAUAUUGAGGCGACACUUCCAAUCCCGGCACGGAAUGUCUCUUUUAUCAACGACCCUGGAAACUACCAGAUCACCUUUGUCCGAGACCAGGGUGGUGCUAGUCCAGUCAAGUUAACCGAGGCCAUAAACAUCUUCUGUGAUGCCCAGGACAAGUUGGUGUUGCUUAUGAAGGAACAUUAUUAG